UGUCGUUUAUUUUUUUUUUGUAACGCGUGUGCCGGAGUGUGGACCAACAGCUUAAAUAAGACUGCGCUCUCUCCCCGUGAGACGGCGAGCGGACGCGAGGUGAGCUGGAGGCUGCUGACACGGCACGGCGCGGCACGCGACUGCCUCUAUAAAUACGACGGUGGCUUCAGCGAGGGUGGCUACUGCCGCCGGACGCACUGCAAAAUAAGAAGAGGCUUCUUAUUCCACGCAGCCGAGCAACCAACCUCUGCGCCUGCUGUUGUCCCUGCAACCAACUUCUCUCUCCUACUGCCUCUCUCUCUCUCGCUGUCUCUCCGUGUGUGCGUCUGCAAGGGGUGGAGGGGAAGGAGGCAGGAGCAGGGGGAGCGGGGCGAGCGAAACAGCCGCAGGGGGCGAUGGCUGCAGCGUCGUCGUUGCUGCUGCUGCAGCUGCUGCUGAUGCCGCUGGUGGUGGCCACGACUUCGACGGCGGCGCGGGUCGGCACCGAUUGCCGCGCUCGUUGCGCGCAGUGCGGAGACGAUACUCGCCCCGGAGACGCGCUGCGCGCCACGAUCUGCACGCUGGAGUGCAGGUCAGGCCUCACGGUGGCGCAGUACUGGCGGGCGUGCCAGCUCUACUUGGGCCACGACGUGGGACACGCGUGGGUGCAGUCGAGGUCGGCGCCCGGGGUGGCCGAUCCGGACCCGCCAGGAGACGAGAGCGGCCCGGGCCCCGCUUCGCCGCAGCAGCUCGACAAGAAGUACGGGGGCUUCUUUCGCCGCGUGCGCUCCCUGGUCCCACGGGCCCCCUCGGCUCCUAGGGCCCCUCUGACGGCGCCGCAGGCGGGCAGCUCCACUCCUUCCCUGGCGAGUGUGCUGGAUGAAAUCCGAAACUACCUGCAGACUCUUGACGGCUCCACGGCCUUGCAGCAGCAGCAGCAGCAAUUGAACGGCAUCGUCCUCCCGUCCGGCGCGGCGGACAAACGCUACGGGGGCUUCGGAAGGGGCCGCUUUCGAACCAAGAGGGGUCCCGAUGGCCGCGACGACGGGGGCGACCUACGGUCCGAACGGGAACGCGCCGAGGAAGCGGAAGAGGAGGAGGAGGAAGAGGAAGAAGAAGACGAGGAAGAGAGGGAGGGAAACGGAGACGAGUCAGCGGCGGAGGUGGCGGACGACGAUGACGAGGGUGAUGAGGACGGUGGGCAGGGGGAGGACGGGGAGGUGGCAGUGGAGCGCGCCGAGGGGCGGGCGGACGGGAAGACCGUGCAGAAACGAUACGGGGGCUUCAUGCGGAGGGUGGGACGGCCGCACAAAGCGUCGUGGGCCAACCAGAAGCGCUACGGGGGGUUCAUGCGCCGCUUCUUCGGGGUCUCCAUCCGCUCGGAGGACAGCGAAGGGCCCGCAGACAAGAGAUUCAGCGCGUACGCUCGACGCCGGCUCGUGCAGCAGUGAGGACGCGAAGGAGACACGGGAUUCGGGAGGAGGGGAGGGGGGGCCUGGGUCUGGCCCUCGUGGCUCUGUUCCCAUCCUCGCUCUUAGCUUUGGAAUGUGGUCAUCUCAUCAUGCUUUCCCUACACGGGCAUCCACAUAGUUUACAUACACGCACGCAUACACGCUGAAUAACACAUAUAUGGGUCGUGCGCUUGAAAUGAUAACAGUGUUAACGUGAUUUCGACAACAGAAGGAGUUUUUUUUAAGUGAAUCGUUUAAACUAAGAUGGGUUUGCACUUACAGUUCGUUAGCUGACACUUGCUUAAUACACUUACUGCAAGGGGAGUGAGUGUGUGUGUGUGCGUGUGUUCGCGUGUGUGUGAGUGUUGUGGCCGUGUAUAGGUGUGUGUGUGUGUGUGUGCGUGUGUUCGCGUGUGUGUGUGUGUUAUAGCCGUGUAUAGGUGUGUGUGUGUAGAAGUCCGUGUGUUCAUAUAGAGAGCAGCUUCCGAUACCAAUCUCAUGUCAUGUACAAAGCGAACGUCAAUUAACACUCGAGCAUUAAUGUGCAUACAAAAAAAAAUCGUGCGGUGAACAUGCAGUGGUAUAUCCUUGCAUCUCGUGCUAACGUUUUGUCUGUACGAUGUCAUACUCCGUGUGUAUUAUAUAUUGUCAUGCAGGUGUACGUGUGUGGUGUCGUAUUUUAUCGUACGAUGCGAGAAACGAUGGCGAAGGUUGAUAUCGUCUUAGUAGAGUUUAACAACCCCGACGCUAACAAUGUGUUGGAGGUUGGGGGGUUGGGGUCUAACACGGGUCGCAUGGAAUCACGCACGCUAGGUGUGUGCGCCUCGCCAAACAGGAUGCUCCGAAAAGUUUCCCUUGUAAUGGUAUCUGGACCAAAUGUUGUUGAGCAUGCAUAUGUUGACUGCAUACAGAAAGCAUGCACUAUAUGUUACUUUUUUUUUAAAUAAAAAUGUCAUGUUUACUAA